AUGAACACGGAAAAGCUGAAAAAAUUGCAGUCCCAAGUGCGUAUCGGCGGCAAGGGUACACCGCGGCGCAAGAAGAAGGUUGUGCAUGCGACCGCAGCUACAGAUGACAAGAAGUUGCAGUCUUCAUUAAAGAAACUAUCAGUAAAUACUAUCCCCGGUAUUGAGGAAGUGAAUAUGAUCAAGGAUGACGGCACAGUGAUACAUUUUAACAAUCCGAAAGCGCAGGCCUCAUUGGCGGCUAACACUUUCGCGAUUACGGGUCAUGGAGAAAACAAGCAAAUCGCAGAAAUGCUGCCCGGUAUUCUCAGUCAACUUGGACCCGAAGGUUUGAGUCAAUUGAAAAGACUGGCGUCGAGUGUAGCAGCCCCUAAACCACUGGAUGAUGAUGAUGAAGUACCUAGUCUUGUUGGUAAUUUUGACGAAGCUUCAAAGCAAGAAGCAAAGGAAGUCAUAACUGAAGAAAAGGAAAAAGAAAAAGAGAAGGAAAAGGAAAAAGAAAAAGAGAAGGAACCAGAAAAAGAAAAGGAAAAAAAACCCGAGACAGAAACCAAAGCUGCCGACAAGAAAACUGAUUAA